UGAACGUGUCGGCGCACCCCGCAACUUGUCCGCAACUCUUCAAAGCUUCAGCCACCAGCGCACGAGCUUUUUGUGAUGAAAUCAAGCCUUGCAUACUCUGUUUGAGCGUUGAUAAUAGGCGUGAUCAAUCCACGUCGUACGUACUAUCCAGGCCAGCGGUCGACCCAUUGGAGCGACUCGCUGAGAGCAACCUAACUGCACUGCAGCGUACUAGCAAUGGAGUCCUGUACCGUUCCUUCCUCUGUCGAGUGCGCGCCGCUUGUCCGAGACGACGUGGGAGACGUAUGGGCCGGAGGCAGCAUUGGCCCACCUUCACCAGCCCCGUCUACCCGCAUACCGAUUGAGGUACUAGAAUCCAUCAUUGACUACAUGGAGCGAUCCGCAUUGCCAAUAGCGGCGUUGGUUUGCACAGCAUGGUAUCCCCGGGCCAUGUACAACCUCUACUACAAAGUGGAGCUUCAUACUCGCAGGAGCUACGACGUGCUAUUCAAGCUGACUCGCACGUCUUCUCGGAUAAAGGGGUGGCUUGCCACAACGUGCGAGCUCGUCGCCUCAAACCCACAAGUCAAGGCUAGCCUAUCUCUAGAGGAGGGAGCUCUGAGAAAGCAUGCUCGCUUCCUUCACGCACUGCCGCCUGCCCUCGGCCGUGUAAUGUCAGGGGUCCAAAUACUGACGUUGAAAGGGCUGCAUCAUCCCAUGCCGAUCACUUUCUUCCUUGGCUUGACGCAAUUCGAGUCCCUCAAGUCGUUGCGUUUGUCCAAUUGUACGCUGAACAACAUAUCGCAACUACGGCGGAUCAUCUCCGCCUUUCCCCGGCUGACUGACCUCGCUCUAUAUGGCGACAUCCUCACUCCACAAAGUCUUGCGAGCCACGAAGGAGCUCGCGUACAAUUCCACCCAGAGUCCGACAUACGUCUUCGAAGGCUUACGCUCGAUGCGAGGGGUGAUGCGAGGAAAUUCAGACCCAUCAUCUACUGGAUCGUGGGCUCGAAGAUUUGCCAUUCGCUCGAUGAACUGACAAUCGGGUGGAUUGGCAAACCAUCGCGGGACAUCGAGGCAGUCGACAGGCUCCUUAGGUCAGCUGGGCCGACCUUAACUCGAUACAGCGAAACUGCCGAUCUCUCGAACUGGCACGGCAACCUAAUACAAAACACAGUCUUGCGGUCCCUGGACUGCACAUUGACCGAUAUCAACCCGCAGGGGCCGACGCGCGACAAUUGGUUCAAGCUCGUCACCAAGCUACGCAGCGUCCUCUCGACAGUCAAGAGCCACCAGCUCAGACGCAUCGGGCUCCGCUGUGGUAUAAUGCUUUACGACAGCGCGUACGGCCAGCUCAACGUGGUACCUGAGGAGCUCGAUUUACACCGCCUGCACGAGGUCAUGAGCCGAUCGUACUUCGACGUUCUGGAGGAUGUCGAAGUGAAGAUGCUACUGUUCGAUGCGCGUGAACGGAGCGAAGACGAGGUAGACGAUAUCAGUCGAAGGAUUGCCGAUGUGUUCCAUACCCUGCUUCAACCAUGGUCUGACCGUGGUAUAGUCAACGUCUGUUGGACACAAUAAGACCACGUCCGGACAAUCUGGCUAGCGAACCUUGAUCAAAUUCGUAGUGGUAUGCAGUCACCGGCACUAGCAUCCGUGGACAACAGAACAACA